UGUGUUGGUUCAGAUCUCUGAGAGGAUGAGCGUCGGCUGCGACACGAGCGUCAGGCGGAUUCUCCGCGCGUCUCAACGCUUCAGGUCCACUAAAGGGGCGUCCAAAGCCCGGCGAGACCACAUCAAUGGAGAGAUCCGGAACAUGCGGGCGCUGCUGCCCAUCUCAGCUGAAGACCAGGAGCGUCUGUCCUACCUGCACUCCAUGUCCCUCAUCUGCACCUACGUCAGGAAGAGCGUGCUCCUCAAAGGAGUUCAGCAGGACGCGGCUGGAGCUUCUCCUCUGUGGGAGAGUUUUCUGCAAGCGCUGCCUGGAUUUAUUGUGGCUUUGACCAGAGACGGAAAACUGGUCUAUGUGUCUGAAAACGUGUCCGAAUAUCUCGGCCUGUCGAUGGUCGAUGUCCUUCAGGGAGACACUUUCUAUGAUAUGAUGGACAGUCGUGAUGCAGAAGCGGUGAAAGUUGUUUUGAGAGAGCAGGACGUCUCCGCAGAGCGCAGCUUCGUGUGCCGCAUGCACAGCUCCAAAGCGCUCCGGCUCCAGUACAGCAGCUGCUGCUCCAUGCUGGUGAGGGGGCGAUUCCGGGACGACCCGCCGGACGCCGCUCUGUUUGUGGCCCUCUGUACGCCCACAGUCAACAGACUGAAGGACAGCGAGCUCCUGAGGGCCUCCACCUGCUUCCAGACGCUGCACAGACCGGACAUGAGGCUCACUCACGCCCCCUACAGUGUCUUGUUCCACCUGGGUUUCUCAGCAGAGGAGCUGAUUGGUCGAUCGUGGUACGAGCUCCUGCAUCCGGAUGACCUCACGCUCGCCGCCCGCUGCCAUCACACACUCACUGGAGAUGACGGCGCUGCAGACGGAGAGAUGCUGGUCCGACUGCUGUGUAAGGAUCUGUCGUGGAUCUGGCUCUUCGUAUGUGCGACUAUAGACAGAGCCGGAGAAGUGAUCACCUGCACCAAUCACGUCAUCAGUGAAGCGGAGGCGGUGUAUCUCAAAGACAAACUCUCUCAGCGUCCCGUCCUCUCAGCUCAGAGACCGAGAGAGCGCGAGCUGCUCAGGAGAAGCUCCGAGACCAGCGACUGCUCCGGCGGCACAGACGGGGAGCUCAGGAGCGCCUCGCUCGCGGUCAGAGAGCAGCCGGCCUUCUCCACACCGCCCUACAGCCCCACUUCCUCCCACUCCUCUGACUUCCUGUCUGACGGCUACGGUGCACUCGAGCAGCUGGCGGAUGGGUUCUGUCCGUCUCAGGCGCUCUCUGACCCGUCCUGCACCGUUCCUCCCGUCUGUCUGCUCGACGCUCACCUCGUCCCCGUCUUCCGGCCCGCGCUGGACGUCUGUGAGGCUGCGGCAGACUGUGUUCUGCAUCCGGAGGUCUUCGGCGUGUUUCCUCUUCCUCAUGAGGGCGAUCUGCUCACGCCCGAGGCCUCGCCCACCGCUGACGGACACUUCCUCUACAGCGAGACGGAGCGGGCCGAGAUCGGGACUCUGGCCCGUCAGAUCCGCUCUCUGGCCAGCAGCUUCGACGCCUACAGCACGCCACGCCACCUGCAGCCUGACGGCGCCCUCUGCUGGCCUCCUGAGUCGCUGCUGGACCAGACCGUCAUAGACAGCAUCCUGAGAGACCUGGUCUCGGCCAAAGAGCCGGACUGCGUCUGGAGCCGGAGUGCAGUCGGAGUGUUCUCAGCGGAGCACAGCAUCAGCGUGCAGCAGUGUGUGUACGGCGGCGAUCAGACGGCGCUUUGAUGAGCACGAACGCUGACGGAUCAAUACAUGAAAGACUGAAGUCCGUCACUUACACUAGUAACCCAGUAUGGCAUAUUGCCAUGGCAACCAGUGGCUGGAGAUGUGAUGAGGUUUGGUGGGAACCGGUUUCUCAUCUUUUUUCGAGAAUUAUUUAUACACCUGCAGUGUUUUAUGAAUGUGAAGAAUCAGUCAGAGUGUCUCUUUCUGAACAUUUACCAACAGUCGUUCUGUUCCUUGUGUUGCUAGUGGCUCGGUAGCAUGUAAAUGUAGUUUUUGUAAACGACUCGAUAAUAAGCUACUAUGCACUUACUCAUAUGACAAAAACAGCGAGAUCCUGAAGCAAGAGCGAUGAACUGAAGCUACCUCAUGAAGCGAAUGCGAUCACUCCAAACACUCGUUCUGUUGUGUCGCUGUGUAUUUAUUUUCUGUGGUUUAUGUUAGAUUUGUAGAUCAUUCGAGUAUGAAUGUAAUGUUAUGUGAAAGUUUCUCUUGCGGCGUCAGCGUCACUGAAUCUCUGCCUUAUGUUUGCGGUCUCUGUGGUUCUCACGUCAGGGUUAUCUAUA